AUGAACCCAGCCAGGGUAUCAAAUUCCACGCACACAAAUCAAACUGAACAGCGAGCCUCUCAGCGUAUCUCCCCAGUUGAUAAUGACAACAACAACAACAGGAAGCUGAUUUCAAUCCAUGAGGACCUUUGGAAUAGAGCUUACAAGGAGCUAAAAGCGGAUCCGGGCAAGGAGAAGUACAUAAAGGCCUAUGAACAACUAGUAUCGGACAUAUUCUUGGGACGACCCACCAAUAGCUCAGCGUGUGCCGAACCCAUUCAUGGACCCAGACGUGAUACUGACAAUGCACCAUGGACCGCAGACCAGCUACAGCAUAUUAUUCAGAAAGGGCUGGAGAGAGUCAAUGCAAGCCAGAAGCGGAUUGACAGUACGUCCGAGGUUUUCGGGGUGGUGCAGAAUUUGAAACCCAUAUUCAACGCCGUCCUGAACAACACCCCACAUACUGCCCUUCCAUGGGCAAUCAUUUCCUCCGCUAUCGACGUAGGAAAUCCGUUAAAAUAUUGUUCUCUGUACGAUGGAGUCAACCACGUGGUUGAUAGAAUGCAGUGGUAUUCGAAGAUAACCGAUAGUCUUCUUCAGACUGGUAGCGAUAAUGGCCAUCUGAAACUCGAAAAAGUCCGUAAGCAGCUAGAGACUGGUAUGCUGGAUAUGUACAAGUGUAUGCUCUUUUAUGAAAUCAAGAGUGUCUGCUUCUACCACAAAAGCCAAGUUGCGGUCUUUGUCCGUGGUCUUUUAAAUGUCGAUGACUGGUAUGGAAGCCUGGCGAUAAUCACUGAGCAAGAAAAUGCUCUCCGGUCUGACCUGCAGCAAUACAAGCUGGAGCAGAUCCUUACAAUCAUUGAUCAGAUGGCCAUCGAUAAUAAGACGCGUGAUGGGGCCGACGAUAAAUAUCGCCAGUGUCUGAAGUCCUUGGGCGUGGUAAAUCCCAUGCUGAGAACCAAAGAUAUCAUAGCACGGAAGAAUGAGGUUCUUAAGGACUGCUAUGAGUGGGUAUUUCAGACGAAAGCCUAUCAAGACUUCAUGAAGUGGCAAUUCGAGGACACGCCAAAUCUGCUCUGGAUCCAGGGACAAGCGGGCACCAGCAAGACGAUGCUGCUAGCUGGGAUCAUUGAAGAAUUGAAUAGAAUUCCCGCUAACUCUGUCUCUCCAGCAACUCUACAUUUCUUUUUCCAAGACAAGGACGGCCAGGUUGAUCAGAUAGAUGACCAAGUGUUGGCAUCUGGCUCACAGGAUCUCACCCUUAAGCUCUGGAACCUUACACAAGGGACACGGGACCCAGCACGGGAUUCCGAACAGAUACAGCCCCAACAAGUGAACAGCCAGCCGGAUAUGAUCGCUACCAUCGAUAUUUCCCCUGACGAGCAACAGGUCGCAGCAGGAUUAUGGGGUGGCGUGGUUACCCUAUGGGACUUGAAAACAGGAAAAUUGCAAUAUACCCUAAAGCAUACAAGGUCUUGUACACAUGUGGUGUUCACGCCAGAUAGUCAGCAGCGGACAGAGAAUCCUAUGCUACCGCCUGAACACCGUCCCACCUACUGGGUGGAUUGGAAAUGCAUUGAACAUGGCAAUAUGCUGAUCUGCGGAACUGAUACAGACCAUGUCCAUUCCUAUGAGUUUCAGAUGGAGGAGGAUUUGACCUGA